AACGAGAGAGAGAGAGGGAGAGAGAGAGACAGCUUUGAGAUAGCUGUCAUAACAGUCAAACAUGUGGCUGAAACAUUUUCAAUAACACAAAAUUUGCCGUGUUCGUUCACUGAACUGUCCAAAUAAAAAAAUCAACUGCGUAGGAGACGGAAGCGACGAUCAGUUGGAAAAAAACAAUUGCAAAAAAGAUAGGAAAAGGACAAACCACACGGGGACAGUUCAGACUGCAAUGAACCAAUUGACGCGCCAAGAACAACAAUAGCAACAACAAGAUUAUCAACAACAACAUUAUCAACAAUAGCAAUAUCAAUUGAUCUUGCAUAAGUCGGGAAGUCGAACAGCGCUAGCCAGGAUCAGGAUCAGAGUGAAAAUCUGAAUCUGAAUCGAAAUCGAAAUCGGUAACAACAGAUACGAACGAAAACUACCCAGACGAAGAUGCUGUUCAUGGACGCGCUGUUCAACAGCUUGCUGGUGGUCAGCUCCGGCUAUGCAAUGUACACGCUGCAUCCAUUGCAGACGCCCUAUGGUUACGCGGCGGCGGCGUUGAGUCUGGUCCAUGGGCUGCUGGGCGUGGUGCGGGCGGCGAACAAUGAUGACGAUGAGUGCAAUCGAUUACGUCAGAUAACUUCUGGUAUUAUGGAGCUGGUGCCGCUGCCAUUGGCCAACAUUGAGCUCUACUUGAAGUCCUCGAGCCCGCACUUGGCCAUGGCGCACGGCUGCUUCUUGGUGCCGCUCACCUUCGAUGUGGUGGCCAAGUGGCGCGACGUCGAGGACAAUUCAACGAUGACACUUAAGGAUCUGACCCUGCUCGGCAAUGUGGUCUCGCUGCUAUUCCUGGGCGUCAAUCAGUCCAGUAAUAUCUAUGGGGGGAUGGCGGCCAUCGCCUUCGGAGCGCGCUACGGAUCCGUCAUGUUCGACUAUUACUGGGAGGGCCUCGGAGUCCAAUUCAACUUACUGGCCAACUCCGCCUUCAUUAUGCUAAUGGCCAUGACGCUGACGGCCAAGUCCUAAACAACUUACCCAACCUAACCACCAACUGAUGAGCAGCAUCAUUUGAUCUUUUGUUUCGCCCGGCUCAAGGCUAACGCGUGCGGUUCAUUGGCUCAACAACGGCUCAAGCGACGGCAGCGACGGCGGCGGCUCAAUAAACUUGCAAUUAAUGUUGGCAAAUUAAAAUGCACAAAAAUAAACAUUAAUUGUUUUGUCAAAAAA